CCACGUGGUCGAACGAAAGUUGACUCAAAGCUUCUCUUCUAGUGGGAACAAUUGUGAAAACAUUCCAAAGUGCGCAAAAAUAAUUAAAAAAGGAUUUCACUAUCAUUCGGUACUGAUCUGCUUCCGAUCGAUUGGGGCGGUCUCCUCGAAAUGAUGAACGGACCAGAUUAAAAAUGUACGCCGGUGAAUUGUGAUCUCGCCUGGCAGGAGUGCAGUGCAAAGGCGGCUGUUUUUUUUGUUUUGCACUGGAUGUUUGUGUAAAUUACCGCAAGGAAAAUCAUUUCGAAACAAACAUGAAGAGAGCAAUAAUUCAAAUAACUCUGUGGAUGGUGCUGUUGGUGUCCAAUUUGGUGUUUAGUAGAGCAACAGGUGGCAAGGCGAAAGAAAAAUCACUGGAAGUACCACGGAUUAUGGAAGUGCAGUACGAUGACUAUCCAAUGAUAGUACCCAAAAGGGCUGCAAUGUUGCUUGACCGCCUGAUGGUCGCCUUGCAUCACGCAUUGGAAAAGGGCGAAGGGCAAGACGGUUCCGGAAGGCCCAUCAACAAGGUGUACCGGGAUGCCAAGUAUGGAGGCCGCCCGGUCACAACCGGGAUGGUCAAACAGCACCAGUCACCGCCCCUCACACCGCCCUUAUUGCCGGGCAAAACGGAGCAACUGAUGAAGUCCUACUAUGCCGAGGCAGAGGCCGAAGACUCCGAAGUGGAAAAUGCAAUACCCGAUGAGCUGGAGGAGCUCGAGGGUCGCAAGGAACUGCUGGACGAAAUGGUAAAAAACGAUUUAUAUUGAUGGACAUUCAAACGAGGGGCACUGAAGACAAAACGAAAAAGGGCCGUUAUUGGAAGUGUUACUUCAAUGCUGUCAGUUGUUUUUGAAUAGUUGGAUGCGUUAGCGGAGGAAAAGUUUAUGCGACACGAAAUAUGCACAAUCAGAACACUAAUCUUAAAUAGGGGCACUACAUAUGAAGCAGAAAAAAGCUUGAGGGCAAGAAAGAACUGAAAUUUCAACAAGGACUAUAAAUUCAUUACUUGCUGUAUAAUAAAAUUAUACACUAUCACUUACAGCAGA